GCGUCAGUGUUGUGCCGACCGUCGUAUGUGGUGCACGCAUCGUCGGUCACAAUAUAUUUACGAUCACGAACUCGUAGUCGAAACGAAUCAUGAGGACGAAUUAUAUAAUUUAUUUAAAUAAUUAAGUAAAGUGUGCUAUAUAUUUUUCUUGUGUAGUGCUGUGACUCACGUGUUUUAUAUAUUUUUUAAAAUGGCUUUAUUUUUGUGCGUUUUUCUAUGCGCUUGGGCGGGCGCCCUAGGGUUCAAUGUGGACAUCCCUUCGAGGGUAGUUUAUACAGGAAAUUAUCAAUCUAUGUUUGGAUUUACCGUCCAGUCACAUGUUGACGGAGAUAGAAAAAUGAUUUUGGUAGGAGCACCAGAAGAUGAGCCCUACCACAUAAACGGCGUUCGUCGACCGGGCGCGGUGUACCGCUGUCAGCCCGGACAUCGCGGCUAUCCGCCGGAAGACGGCACCAACCCGCUACAGUUGUGUUCACUCAUGGAAUUUGACAAGAAUCGAAAUAACAACGUGGACAGCGCGCACAGACAAAUCGAUCAGAAAUCGAACCAGUGGUUCGGUGCUACGCUUACUAGUACCGGCAGAAAUGGACCUAUUGUUGCCUGCGCCCCUCGCUAUGUGUCCUACGUGACAGCUAAAGUUAACCAACGUGACCCGGUUGGCUCCUGCUUCGUAGCCAAGUCCUCAGAUGCGGUGGACGUCAAUGAAUUUUCGCCAUGUCGAAACUGGUUCCGAUCGCAGGACGAAGCGAGCCACGGGCAGCGUAAGACGGGCGUGUGUCAAGCCGGUUUUUCCGCGGCAGUCUCAAAGGACGGACAAAGGCUUUUCAUGGGUGCACCUGGCAGCUUUUAUUGGCAAGGGCGAACGUUAUCCAUAGACACUAGUGCGAGAUUCAACUACUAUAUGCCGAAGGAAGGUCAGCUGAAAGUACAAACGUUAAACUCAAGACCAGUUUUGAUUUCGACACCAGAAGCAAGUCCUAAAUACGAUGAUUCUUACAUGGGAUAUUCAGUGACUGUUGGAGACUUUGCUGGUCAGGGUAUUCAGGGAGUCGCUGUUGGGGUACCGAGAGGAUCAGAUUUGAGAGGAUUGGUUGUUCUAUAUACUUGGGAGCUCCAAAAUAUCAAAAAUAUCAGCGGUUCACAAAUCGGCGCAUACUUCGGCUACAGUCUUGCGAGUGGUGACAUCGAUGGUGAUGGUGCUGAUGAUAUUAUUGUCGGUGCCCCAAUGUUCACUAAGCCUAAAAGCGAUGGUUAUGAACAUGGAAGAAUAUAUGUAAUUUAUCAGGGCAAAAAUAGGGCGUUCGCUAAAAAUCACGCAAGAACGGGUGAAGUGUCUAAAGGAAGAUUCGGUUUAGCCGUCACGUCACUUGGAGAUAUCAAUUAUGACGGAUUUGGAGACGUGGCCGUCGGUGCCCCUUACGGUGGAGAAAAUGGUAGAGGUGUGGUGUUCAUCUACCAUGGUAGUGAGUUGGGUAUUGGCGAGAAGUACUCCCAGGCGAUCACAGCUGAAGAGAUCAGUCCCUCUUUGACUACUUUUGGUUUCUCCCUGUCUGGUGGCGUGGACCUUGAUAACAACAACUACACCGAUUUGGCCGUGGGCGCUUACAAAUCGGACAGCGUUGUGUUUCUAAAAUCUCGCCCUGUAGUUAAGGUAAUGGCGGAUGUCAAGUUCAUGGGUGAAAGCAAAUUAAUUUCCCUCGACGAUAAGAGAUGCCGCCUCUCGAAUGGCACGCAGGUCGCUUGCGCGCAGCUCAUGUUCUGUCUGACAUACGAUGGUGUCAACGUUGAUCAACAAAUAAACUUCGAGGUGACCAUCGACCUGGACUCGAGGCAGAAGACGAGCAAGCGCCUGUUUUUGAUGGAGAGCAGACAGACGAUAUAUACGACUCACAUGUUGCUGACACAAGGGCAGCAGGAGUGCAAGGAAAUUAUGGUGUACCUGGAUGACGAGAUCCGCGACAAGCUGACUCCGAUGGAGGUGAAGCUGACGUACGAGCUGUCGGCGGGCGCGGGCGCGGGCGGCGCGGUGCCGCCCGUGCUCGACCGCACGCGCAGCAUCGAGCGCACCGACUCGCUCAACAUACAGAAGAACUGCGGGCCCGACAACGUCUGCGUGCCCGACCUCAAGAUGUUCGUCACCACACCGACCGUAAACUACGUUCUCGGAUCCGGCGAGAAUUUACACAUCGAUGUAAAAGUUGAAAAUUCUGGAGAGGACGCUUUCGAAGCUGGCUACUAUCUCCAAAUACCGGCCGGGGUCACGUACGCCAAGAUGGAAAGGUUGGACAAGGAGCGCGCCGAAUCUACGCCCAUCUACUGCUCGAUAAAGAACAAAGGCACCGAUGGAAACAGUACUCUGAAAUGUGAUUUAGGAAACCCAAUGGCGAGCGGUCAAAGUGUAAACUUCCGCGUGAUUGUGGAGGUGGACGCGCGCGUGACGAGCUUGGACUUCAACAUGGAGGUGAACUCCACCAACCCCGAGCAGGGCACGCAGUACGACAACACGAGACAUCUCGGCAUAGGAGUAGUCGUCAAGGCGGUGCUGACCGUCAUCGGGGCAUCAGAUCCACCAGAACUGCACUACAACGCGUCUUUGUACGACGCGCAGAACCUAAAGGAUGACACGAAGUUGGGUCCGCAAGUGAUCCACAAGUACAACAUAAAGAACGAGGGACCCUUCACAGUGGACGAGGCGGAGAUUUACAUCAUGUGGCCCUAUCAGACCCUUACUGGGGAUAAUCUGAUGUACAUGUUGGUGCAGCCGCAAUGGCUCGGCGAAAUGGAGUGCGACGUGGCGCGACAGGUCAACCCCGAUAACCUCUUCGUACAGAAUCCAUACGCCUACCUCCUCACUAAGGAGAGGGAAGCAAUGAAAAGCAGCGAUCUCUAUACAGCAUCCCAGAUCGGCGGUAGUGGGGGAUAUUAUGGACAACAUUAUUGGGAAGAAAAAUAUACAAGCAAUGGUCAAGUAAACGCUAAUUCUGGAACAAACAAGUUUAGUGGUGGGCAAUAUGGAGCUUCUAAUGGCGUCUAUGGUAGCAAUCAAGCAAGUGGUAGUCAGUUCAGCACGAGCCAACAGACCGGCGGUUCAGUUGCCGGUGGUCAGUUUGGUACAACUUAUGUAAGUAAUGGCCAAGUCUCCGGUGGACAGUACGGUGCAAGCCAGGCCAGCGGUGAUCAAAUAUCAGGGGGGCAAUAUGGGACUCAUACCGGUAGCGGACAUUACAGCGGUGGGCAAGUUUCCGGCGGUCAGUAUGGAAGUGGUCAAGCUGAUGGAGGAAGCCAAGGAUCUGGUGGCACAUAUACUUAUAAUCGUACUUGGUCCAGCGGAUCUUCUGGUGAGGGACUAACUGCUGAAGAACAAGAAACUAUUAGAAGAAAUCUUGCCACAAUGGCCAAACCAAACUACCAAGACUCUAGCCGAGCCUUCAGCCAAAGCCAAGGAAGUCAAACUACCCACUCUCAGGGAGGACAAAGUGGUUAUGUGCAAAGUGGUCAAACUCAGGGUAGUUACGAACAAGGUCAAACUUCUCACGGACAAGCCCAAGCGGGUUAUGGACAAGGUGGUUACUAUCAAGGUCAGGGCCACGCUCAAGGCGGACAAGCUUAUGGAGGCUUUGAAGGUGCUGGUCAGGAUGGACGUAUAGUUCGUGUUAAGAAUAGGACAGUUCUCUAUGACUCGAACCAUAACAUCAUAUCCCAGACUGAGACGAGCACAGAGUACGGAUCACUUGGACACGAAGGCGAGGCUGGCAGUUCCUUUAAUGCCUAUCUCAAUAACCAAGGUGGUGCUCAACAGAGCUAUGGAUCUCAAGGCUUUGUCCACGGUUCCUGGGGUACAACAGAAACCGUCAACCCUGACAUAAUGAAAGCUGGCUCCAGUACUUUUAGAGGAGGCUCAGGUGUCACCGUCGUAGGAGAUGAAGAGGAAGACAAGUUAGAGGGCUUUGGAGCUUACGCAGCUCAAAAUUCUAAUAAUGAAUUUAAAUAUGGAAUCGCUGAUGUGAGUGGAAGUCAAGGUUCAGGCUCCGCGCAAAGUGUUGGAAGUCGCAGUGGAUAUCACGGAGGAAACUAUCAAAGUGGGGGGUAUCAGGGUGGAGUACAACAAGGAGGAGGUUAUCAUGCAGGAAUGACAGGAGCGGCGUAUGGUGGUGCUAGUGGAAGUUCCUACUCAUAUUCUUCAAGAUCAGGUGCUCACAACUCUUACUCUUCAGGAGGAAGCUUCAGCUCAUCUACAGAUCAACGACGUGAAAGCACUAGACGGCGGCGUCAAGACGAUGUGGAUCCGCAAUUGAAGGAAAUGCUGGAGAAGUGCGAGGAGAAGUACAAGUGUUCUGUGGUCCGCUGUCGCACCGGCCGUCUGCUGCGCGGACAGGAGGUGUUCCUAGCUCUACGCUCUAGAAUCAACGCCUCCGUGCUUAACGAGAUGUCGGCGUCGCGCGCCGUGCGGCUGUCGUCGCUGGGCGCGGCGCGCGUGUCCCGCCUGCCGCUGGGCGGGCCGCGCGCGCAGGCGUGGGUGUUGGCGGAGGCGCACACGCUGGUCACGCCGCAGCUCGAGGCGCUGGCGAGCGGCGCCAUCCCGCUGUGGGUCAUCAUCCUGGCGGCCGUGGCCGGCGCGCUGCUGCUGCUGCUGCUCGUCUUCGCGCUCUACAAGUGCGGAUUCUUCAAACGUAACCGGCCUUCGGACCAUACCGAGCGACAACCUUUGAACGGUCGCGACGAGCAUCUUUGAUAUCCGACCACCGAUCUCGGCCUCGCUAGCGACACGGGCGCCACCUCCGACGGUGACUCGACCUCCGACGUCGACCCCACCUCUGACGUCGACGCCACCUCUGACGUCAACCCUACGUCUGACGUGGACGCCUCAGAUUCCAGUUCGACCGACGCCGCAAGUGACGUCACUAGCCAGGAUUCUACUAGCAUGGACAGAUAUUGACGCCGUGAAACAUCAUAAACUAAAGAUCUUUUUCGAAAUGAUCUUAUCGUAAAUGAAUUAAUAGAUAAUGGAUCUAACCAUUCAAACAUCCGGCGUCAACAAUCGGCGAAUAAUAUUUGUUAAUAAAUUUAUAUUUUUUAAAUCUGUGGCGACAAUUGACAGUUAAAAUGGUGGCUUUUCAUAAAAUUACGUUUUAUAUUAUUAAUUAUCUCUUGAACAAAGCUGAAAUUGUAAUUAAAAAAAAUAAUAAUACACAUAUACGUAUAUUAUAAUGCAUGUCAAAGUUGCAAUAUUAUGAAUUUAUCCUUUUUUUAAAAAGUUAAUUUCAUCGUCAAAUGUAUAUAACAGACAAAGGACAAAAUAAUAAUGCCUCAUGAGAUUUAUAUUCGAUUUUAUUUUUGUAAAAAUUACCUUAAAUAUUUUUGCCCAAAAAUGUUUUAAGGUAAAAUAUUACAAUAUACAUAUAUAUAAUAUAACGUAUUACUAGUCACGAUAAUGAAACAUGAAUCACGUCGGUAUUUACGCCAUAUUAGAUAUUAUUAGAAUAAAAAAAUGAAAAAUAUAAAAAUUAGUACACGAGUGUGAUACACGUGACAAAAAUGUAUGAGUGUUUUUGUAAAAUGUGAUUUAUAAUAAUAUUAUUUAAGUUUAUUUUAAAAUGAGACGAUGUGUUUGUAGCUGAACAUAAAUAUUAAUAUUUUCGUACUAACGAAUCUUCCUUCUCAUAAAAAAAUAAUAUUUUAGAAGGCAUUGAAUCGUACGCUUUGAUUAGCAAUAAUUAUAUUUAAAAAAUGUAAAUAUUCGAAUGUAAUAAAUAAAUAUUUAAAUUUCAAUAUAAUAUUAGAUAUAAAGUGCCUUAUUUAAAACCAUAUCGCAAUAACAUAUCUAUUAUUAAUAUUUAAAAAAAAAACAUCACAUUUAGAUACAUACAUAAGUAGGCUUUUGUAGCUAUUAAGCUGAGCGCACAAUAAACUAUUAGCAGCACAAUUAUUGCGAUAUAUAUUUUUAUAAAAAUACUGGUAAAGAAAGGAAUAUCAGUAUGUUAUUUACAAAUACAACUUAUUUAAAAAAAACAAAUGGACGUGAAAUUUGUGUCAAAAUCAUUUUAUUUUGGCACGUUACAUGUAAUAACGUUGCACUGAAAUCCGACCAUAUAGUUACUCUCAUCGUGCGCAAGGAAGUUCAAUUCACAAUUUUUAAAGGCGGGCGAACAAAGUUUUUAUUUUUAUUUAAUUAUAGCAAGAUAAAGAUAAAACUUAGUAUUGUAAAAAUUGUGCCUUUAAAGUAAUUUACACAUGUGCUUUACGAAUGCGUGCCUUCUGAAAACUGCCAGUUUCUAAUUAACUAUAUUAAUGUAAAUAUAUUAGAAUAAUAUUUCGAAUUUUCAGCAUUUUUUCACAGAAUAUAAAACUUUGUCUUUAUUUUCUUUUUAAAUUGAGAAAGUUAAUUAGUUUUGUAUUGAAACGCGUACUUAAUAAUGUUAAGGAAGGAAAUUUAAUUAUAAUUUUGGGCACUCUACUGUGAAUAUCAAUCAGUAUGACAAAACUUUAUAAACGGAAAAAGUCUCUGCAAUUAUUAAAAAUGUUACCCGUGUAGAAAAUUCUGUGAGAAAAUGGUAGUAAAAAAAUAUAAUUAACUAGCGGUAGCGACGCCAUUGUUAAUUUUUAUUAUUAAUUAUUAUUUAUUUCUUAUAAUUCGUAUUAAUUAAUAAGAAUUCCGCUUCUACUUAUAAGUUAAUGAGGAACUAAAACUGUGGAUGUCAUAAUAUUAUUGUAUGUAUCAUACAUUUUGGUUGUUUUCUGGGUAAUUUGCAUUUACCAAAAAAAAAUUAAAUGUAAUAAACUUUUUUGUUUUUAAUUAA